GCCUUUUUACUCAAUAAUAAAACCAAAGAAGAGGAAAGAGAAGAAGAGAAGAAAAUGGCGACGUCCAUCUCUAGGACGUUACAAUUCCUUCAUCAGCGCACAUGCAACAAUUUAAAGUGUGUUGGGCCUUUCCUGGAUGUACCAUGGCAGCAGGCUGCUCUGGUUUCUGUUCGCACCAAGAAGCGUUACUUCAUCCCUCCGGCUGUGGGGCUGAAGGACAAGUCCCACGCUGAGCAGGAGGCGAGGGCACGAGCUGCAGGAGUGGUCAUCAGACAGGAGUACAUGGAGAGACCCAUCAACAUCUCAUGCACGGCCGGAGUCUUCGAUCCAUACAUCCCUCCUGAGGGCGACGCUCGACUCUCGUCUCUGUCCAAAGAGGGUCUGAAACAGCGCACAGAGCAGCUGCGACAGAGUGCUGCCUCACAGCUGGCGUUACGCAAAAUAAAAGAGCACGACCCAGAGUUUUCUACUAAAGAGUUUGCCAUGCGAGCUCAGGAAAUCUUCAUCGAGGCUCAUUUGGCGCUAACACGGUUCAACAAAGAGAAACUUCAUUCUCUGGUAACGGAAAGGUGUUACCCUGAGAUGGUUCGAGGAAACAGGUUAAAAACACUGCGCUGGCGCUUUGUAGAGUCUCUGGAGCCGCCACGGUUGGUCCAUGCCAGAUGCCCGGACAUGAUCAGUAAGGGCAAUCUGUACGGUCAAGUGACGAUCCGCAUGCACUCAAGACAGACUUUGGCAAUCUAUGACCGAUUCGGCCGUAUGAUGCUGGGCGAUGAAGAGGAGCCUAGGGAUGUCCUGGAGUACUUAGUGAUGGAGAGACAUCUGGUCAAUCCGUAUGGCCUCUGGAGACUACAUGGCAAGAUUGUCCCAGCAUGGGCACCACCUAAGGAACCCAUCCUUAAGACUGUUAUUUUGCCAGGCCCAAAGCUUAAACCUGAAGAAGAGUUUGAGUCUCUUAAUUAUGAGGUUCCAAAGCCCAAGGCAGUGCAAUGGCAUAAAUAAGCCAGAGGGUGGGGUGUUCAGUCGUCUUUGUACAGAUUUCAUUAAUGACUUGUGAAAUAAACUAGUGUUCCUGAA